CCUGACUGCCAGCUUGCGUGAGCCUCUGUGUGGCUCUUUAAGAGAAAACAGAGUCUGCGCAAUGGAAGCUCGGCUGUAGCGGCUCGUUCUGCGGAGAAAAUUAACCAGAGAAAACACAGGCAGGGGAUGAAGGAGAGUCUUUAUUGCAGUCUUUAUUACAGAUACCGGACACGAGACUGGAAAUCUCCGGCGGGCAGAGGGGGGGAAUCUGGGGACAGACAUGGCGGGAGCGGGAGUGAAGAGGAGGAAAGCGGGGCUCCCUGGUUUUUGCUGGAAAACAUGCUACUUUCACAUUUUAUUCUGGGUCGUCUCCGUCUGUGGCGAGGAGAAGACGUUCAUUGUUGAGAUGCCUGGCUCAGCGGAGAGCAGCGCUGUGGUGGAUGUAUUACAGAACCAUGAGCUGCAUACUGUAGCUGUCCAGUACCUGGAGACUUGGUUGAAGAACUAUGGCUACCUGCUACCUCAUGACAUCCGCAUGUCAGACCUGCGCUCUGAGAAGGCCAUGCAGUCUGCUGUCGCAGCCAUGCAGCGUUUCUACGGCAUCCCUGUUACCGGGGUACUUGACCAGACCACCAUUGAAUGGAUGAGGAAGCCUCGCUGUGGCGUCCCAGACCACCCUCACAUCAGCCGGCGCAGGCGGAACAAACGCUACGCCCUGACGGGACAGAAGUGGAGGGACAAGAGGAUCUCCUACAGCAUACACAACUUCACUCCCAAGGUGGGGGAGAAGGACACCCAGAGAGCCAUCCGGCAGGCGUUCGACGUGUGGCAGACCGUCACGCCGCUCACCUUCCAGGAAGUGGCCUUCUCUGACAUCAAAAACGAGGGCAAGGAGGCCGACAUCAUGAUCUUCUUCGCGAGCGGUUUUCAUGGCGACAGCUCUCCAUUCGAUGGCGAGGGGGGGUUUCUGGCCCACGCCUACUUUCCCGGACCGGGCAUCGGAGGAGACACGCAUUUUGACUCAGAUGAGCCGUGGACGCUUGGCAACGCCAACCACGACGGUAACGACUUAUUUCUGGUGGCGGUCCACGAGCUUGGCCACGCCCUGGGUCUGGAACAUUCCAACGAUCCCUCCGCAAUCAUGGCUCCUUUUUACCAGUACAUGGAGACUCACAACUUCAAACUGCCACUGGACGACCUGCAGGGCAUACAGAAGAUCUAUGGUAUUCCCACUGCCAUGUUGGAGCCCACACGGCCGCUACCUACACUGCCGUCUCGCCGCAUCCACUCCACCUCAGAAAGGAAGCACGACCGCCAGUCCCGCCCCCCGCGCCCGCCGUCCGGAGACAGGCCCGCCCUGCCCGGGAACGGAAAACCCAACAUCUGCGACGGCAACUUCAACACCGUGGCCUUCUUCAGACGGGAGAUGUUCGUCUUCAAGGACCGAUGGUUCUGGCGUCUGAGGAACAACAAGGUUCAGGAGGGUUAUCCCAUGCAGAUUGACCAGUUCUGGAAAGGUCUUCCUCCUCGCAUCGAUGCAGCCUAUGAGAGAUCAGAUGGCAAAUUUGUUUUCUUUAAAGGGGAUAAGUACUGGGUGUUUAAGGAGGUGACAGCGGAGCCAGGAUACCCCCACAGCCUGGUGGAGCUGGGGAGCUACCUCCCCCAGGAUGGCAUCGACACGGCACUGCGCUGGGAGCCCGUGGGCAAGACCUACUUCUUCAAGGGCGACCAGUACUGGCGCUACAACGAGGAGAAGCGCACGGCCGACCCUGGUUACCCUAAACCCAUCACCGUGUGGAAGGGCAUCCCAGAGGCUCCACAGGGCGCCUUCGUCAGCAGGGAGGGACUCUACACCUACUUUUACAAGGGGAAAGACUAUUGGAAGUUUGACAACCAGAAGCUGACCGUAGAGCCGAGCUACCCUAAGUCCAUCCUCAAGGACUGGAUGGGCUGUGACCAGUCGGAUCUGGAUCGCAACCGGGACCGGCAGCUCCCCAACGACGACGUGGACAUCAUGGUGACCAUCAACGACGUGCCCAGCACAGUCAAUGCCAUCGCCGUGGUCAUCCCCUGCAUCCUGUCCCUCUGCAUCCUGGUCCUGGUCUACACCAUCUUCCAGUUCAAGAACAAAGGAGUGCAACAGACCGUGACGUCGUACUACAAACACCCAGUGCAGGAGUGGGUAUGACAGGGUGGCAGGCUGUCGCCGGGCAGGGCUGAGGACCCUGGCUGCAGUUUCCACCCCUGUCGAGACAGAUCUGAGAGACACAUCCUGACUCCCACACAGCAGCUUGCUCUGAUCUCACACACAGUGACCAUGAGGAGGGAGGGGUCACCUGGCGACUGUCUCUUCCUCCCUGUGUCCUUGGAUUCCAUUGGCCGCUAGGUGAACAUUGUGAUGGAUUGGCAUUAGGUGACGCUAAGGAAUGAUUGGAUGCAGUUAGAGCAGGAUCAAUUACAAGAAUCAACCUUGUGUGAGCCUGGUGGCCUCUUGGCCAAUAGGAUCUGAUUCAGAGGGGGGAGGGAACAGGGUGGUACUGAACCUCUAUUGGACCUCCAGUCUCUCUCUCUCUCUUCCUCUGGGACGCAGAGAAGACUCUACCCACGUCGGGCUAGUCUCUAACUAACUUGUACACAAAUUGAAACUGUCAACAUGUCAAAAGAACUUCUAAAAAAAGAACAAAAAAAUAUUCUACAAACUUGAAGAAAUAAUGUAGGUAGAAAGGCCAUAAAAAAAAAACUUUAAAAAAAACAUUGAUCUCUGGAUCACCAGAUGUUUUCAUUUCUCAGUGACUGAGUAGUGGAUUUUUUGGAGAAGAUUUUUUUCUCUCUUUCUCUCUCUCUCAACCUCCAUAUACUAUGGCCGUCCUCCAGUUGAGUUUAAAUCAGAUCCAGUCAUUAUGCUUACAUCACUAGGGUUUGUCCCUAACAGGGAUCCAUAGGUCACAAGUCACCCCACAUCACCACCAUCACAUGCCUUGGCCUAUUUUUACAUUCACAACCAUGUUUUCUGUUUGUGCCUAUCUAACUAAUGAAAACACCUUCCACACUGGCAGGCAAGUCUGAUUCACAUCAUAUUAUUAUAUUUGACUGUAUUAAGAGUUCAGUUUUUUGCUAAGAGUUUAGAGAUCAUGACCGUAGAUAUACUGGAGAGGAUCAGACUGAGUCAGUCAGUGUUUAUGUCUGACCUCUCAUGUGAACCACUGUCUUCUAAAGAGGGCUUAGUCAGUAGUGAUACAGCUGGUGGCUACCGGUAAUGUCUUCUUUUUUUACUUUCAGUCUUGUUAUCAUGUGGUCUAGCUGGUUCUGCUACCAGUGUGUCUGUGAUGUGGCUCGUGGACAGUAGAUCCAUGACUAUACACUGUUUUCUGUGCCUCAAUUCUGUCUCUUUCUUUCUCUUUCUCUCCCUCUCUCUCUCCCUCUCUCUCUCUCUCUCUCUUCUCUCUCCUUCUCUUUCUCUCUCUUUCCUUCUCUCUCUCUCUGUCUCUAUUUCUCUUGGUUGGAACCUAUAAGGGGCCGCCAUAAUGUUCUUCACUGAUUGUCUUCCUCCAUUUAGAAACUUCUUGACUAUUUCUUGAGUACCUGAACUUAUUGAUUGAUUGACUGAAAACUGAGAGAGUCACUGUUUGAUUGUCUGCUCUCCAAGUGUUCUGUGAACAGUGAAAAGGAUAUCCUUUUGGGCAAUUUUUUAUACUGGCACCCUAAGACUGUGUUCACUCUGUUUUCUCUUCACUAUGGAUAAAAAGGCGAUAACAUUUUCCCAACUCUGUAGUGAUGUCAUUACAAAAAGGGUAGGGGUCCUUCUGUCAAUCCAUCAUUCAAUUAAAAUAGCAAUUGUAAAAUUCAAGUUACAAUUAUUUCCAAUUAAGUAAUAUUUGAAUUGAAAUUUCAGUUACACUUUCCACACUAACUGUAUUGAAUGGAGUUGACCCCAACCCUGAUUUGCACUCUCUUGUUGCAGACUGACUUGAUGGACCUGUUGAUUCAAAUGUGCAAAUGAGCGUAGUCAUUUCUUUUUUGCCUCUUUCUGUGCUCAUGUAUAUACAGUUGUGUCCCUGACCAGACACAAGUACUUAGAGAUACGAUUCAGUAGCAGGAAACAAUCCUGGGAAAAGCUCUUGAUUUCUCUGUGUAGCCGAUGUGAAUUGGCUAGACUUGACCACUAGCGUCAGCGAAUCGCUUUUCGUUUGCGUAGCUGGUGGACGUCCCGCGGAGUUGGAGGUGCCGAGUUCGAGCAGGUGUGGGCAAGAUCGGCCGUGUGUGACUGCCGACAAGUAGCGCGACCACGUUUGUUGCAUCUGCAUGGCUAAUAUCAGGCAGUUAGGGGCUACUGUAUCACCGAAGCGUGCAAUUCAGACUUCGUUUACCAGAAUCUUUACGUCACUGAAAAAUAACAAUACAUACUCUGUAGUUCAUACAGAGUCCGACUGGUAGAUGAAGGGGUGUUUACGUUGGAAUGCUGAGAGACAGAGGCAGUUUGAUUUCCUCAUUGACUCAAUCCUAGUGCUUUGAGUGUACCAUACCUUGAAGAGUAGUCAGAUAUGUGUAUAUAUUUGUUGAGAUGUAAAAUCUGAUUCUACAUGUUUAGAGGUAAAAAGGCUACAGGUAAACAGUAAACACAUGUAUGGUAGCAGGGCAGGUGUGUAGUCAUAACAGAUACGUAUAUAAGGGAACCUGUGAGAGUCUGAUAGGAAACACUUUACCAGGAGGGCCCAUAUAAUAUAGAUGACCUACAGGUGCUCACUAUCAACAAAUAUUGAACUAACUCCACCAACCUAAACAAGCACCUGCAGAUCAGCAGAGUUGAUAGUUUGAGCAUCAGUAGAUUAUUUAUCCCCACUGAAUCAAGUGUUACCGAAUAGCAUAGUUCCCUCUAACAAUUUAGUAGACCUUUCAACAAGGACAGAUGUACAUUCCUUUUAUAACCCAAGGUGGGCCAUGACUGCUAUAUCCACAUUUGUUUUUAAAUCUUAUUUAUCCAGACAGUUUAUAUUCUAUUCCAGGAGCUCUGUGUUGUCCUAUGUUUCUCGUAGACUCUUCUAUGGAUAAUGUACACUGGUGGCUUUGGACAACAGUGAGUUGCCUUUUAUUGGCCUGUUGUUGCCUUUUGUUUAUAAAAGUUGUUUUUCAUAAGAGGAUAAUAGGAAAAAAACAUAUCAAAGGUACAGUAGUCCAGAAUUUUGAAGUUGCUAUUCAUUAUAUUGGGAGUUCUUGGAACACUGCUAAUCAAGGGGUAUUUUGGCAGAUAUAGCUUUAAGAGAGAUUUGAAUUACUUCUUUUCUUUGUGUUUCCUAUGAGCUUUUGUGUACAUACUGGUAUGCUUUUCAUUGAUUUGGGUUUUUAUCAGCAAGUGAUUUGAUAAUACACCAACAAUGGCUAAGUUCUCUAAAUGCAUAUUGCACCUUUUUUUCGUAGUGUAUUGUUUUUAUAGUCAUGUAAUUUGCAGUCAGAUAUCAAAUAUCUUCUCAUGUAAAUAUACAAACUGAAGCUUUUAAAGAUUUUGUAUUUUUGUUUCUUUGAAAAAGCUUAGCAUUUGCACAGAAU